AUGCAUCGAAAAUCAUCCAGAAGAACCAGUUCAAAUAUACGUAUGGCUCCGUACCGAAAACAAGUUAUCAGCAAUGCACGUAAUAAACCAGGGCUUCUAUCCAAAAUAAAAACUUUUUUCACUCAAAUCGAUCCAACCAAAGUAAAUUCAGAAAGUAAAGUUACUAAUGAAAGAGUCGGCAAUAAGCUUUCUGGAAGAAGAGUCACCAGUAUACCAGGAGGAUAUUUUCAACCAGACGCAUUAUCAGAUUCUAGUUUCCACCGUUCUGAGGCAGCCACUACUCUGCAAGAGGGUAGAAGUUGCCUUGGAAAUAAGGAGGAACUCUGUGAUGAAACCGAUGAAUCCAACGUCUCUAACGCCAAACUCGCAAAUUUCUUUAGUAGAAAAGGUAAUGAACCUUUAUCAGAGAUUGAAAUGGAAGGUGUGAUGUCAUUGUUACAAAGAUCAAACAAAUCAAUGAUUGCUCCCGAAAGAGAACAGAAAUUAUCGGAAAAUAGUAAUGUCGAUCAAUCGCUAGUUUUGAAAGAAUCAGGAAGUACGCCAAUCAACAUAUCUAAUACACCGACUUUCAAUCCAAAAUAUGAUUCUUCAGCCGUUUCGAAUGCCUCAAUGAAUACAACUUUAGGAAGCAUUGGCUCAAGAAAAUAUAGCUUUAACUAUUCUAGUCUCCCUUCACCAUACAAAACCACCGUUUAUCGGUACAGCGCAGCAAAAAAGAUGCCCGAUACAUGCACAGCAAAUACAUCUGUUCAAAGCAUAGCAUCKGUAAGAUCAGCCAGAGCUGGCGUCUCAAAGCCAGCUCCUACCAAGAAAAUAAGUAACACUGCAGCAGCAUUGGUUUCUCUACUAGACGAAAAAGAUAUUAAGAAGAAUAACCCUGCUUCACAACUUGCCAAUCCAUACUCAUCAUACGUAAGCCAAAUACGCAAACAUAAGAAGGGGUCCUCAAAUUUUGUAACAGGCCAAGAAAAGAGUCAAGAAUCCUCAGUUAAAGCUUUAUCAUCUGAAAAGGCUCUUGAACAAAGUGAAGAAUUAGUAAACCAAUCUAACAAUACCAAAAUCGCACCACCUGCACCAAAUAAGGACACAUUUACUAAAUAUAAGCCUGCGAGAUCUUCGUCCUUACGCUCAAACGUUGUAGUAGCCGAAACAUCUCCCGAAAAGAAAGAGGCUGCCGCUAAAGCUCCAUCUUCCACAUUUAGCUUUUCUUUCAAUGGUGCAAAAAAAGAGGAACCUUCUAAUGGUGAGCAAAAAAGUGAGAAUGCCCCACCUCCGCUAGCCAAAGAGUUCGUUUUUACCAAGUUACAGACAAACCCAUUAUUUGAAAAGCCAAAAGCUGAAAUGGCCAAGGUAGAGUCUUCUCCGAUAGAACCAAACUUUUCAGUAACACCUCAAAAAAAUGUAUCGAAUAGCUUCGUUUUCAACAGCGUUCAAAAGAUGCCACCAUUAAAUUUUCCACAACAAAAAGGCGGCGAGCUUGAAACUACUCAGAGCACAAUAGGGAAAGACAUUUUAAUGAAAGAACUGCAGGAAUUUGAUUUCAACGUUCCUGUGACGUCUAAAUCACUAGGAAAUGGUUCAGUUGAUGAAAAUAAAGUUGAGGCCUUUAAAUCUCUUUAUACUUUUUGA